CCCCCCCUCUUUCUCUUUCCCCGUUCCCCUAUUUGUUCAAUUUCCCCCCCAAGUUUUUUUCUCAUUUUAAUUUAAUUCUAUCUUUCUCCGAUUUCGGUCUCUCGAAUUCCUCCUCUGAUGCUUAGCGAUCCCUCUCCCUCUCGGCCCGCCACGAAUUCUUCAACCUCUUUUAUGCUUCUUCCAUCGGACGUUUUCUUGUUAAUCUUCUCCAAGAUCCCAAUUUCAAGGUUCAAGAUCUUCUCGUAGUUCAGGGAGGGGCUAGGGUUUUGGUUCUGAUCAGUUUUCUCGAUGGCGGAUCGCGGUCGGACCCUUUCGAUCGAGGAGUUGCCUUCGCAUUUGGUUCUUGAGAUACUGAGCUCGGGAAAGCUCAGUUCUUUGGACCUCGCUUGCUUGGAGAUGACCUGCAGAUUGUUUAGAGGGGGUCGGGGGAGUUACCCGAAUGAUUUUAGGUCGAUGGUCGAGUUUGCUGCGUUUCAUCUGUGCGAGGGCCACGAGGUGUUUGCUGCUAUGCCGACGAGGUUGAGAAAGGAGCUGUUUGAUCGAUGCGGGGGGUGUUGGAAGAAGGUUCUGAGGUUCUUGCAGUCGGUGGAGCAGUCGUCGGGGACGGUCGAGACGUCAGCAGGCAAUGUGCAGGUCAAUACUGGACGAUACCAUACACUCUUGAUUCAUGAUUCCUCAGUCUAUUCAUGUGGAUCCAGUUUAUGUGGGGUGCUUGGUCAUGGUCAAUAUACAACUCAGUGUGCAGCAUUUACACGCAUCAAUUUUCCCUCCAUGUCCCGUGUAAUCCACAUCUCUGCUUCACACAACCAUGCUGCGUUUGUUAUGGAGAAUGGAGAGGUCUUUACUUGUGGGGAUAAUUCAUCAUUCUGUUGUGGCCAUGGAGAGGUAAGGCGUGCUGUUUUUAGGCCAACAUGUGUUGAUGCAUUGAAAGGGAUCGCGUGCAAGCAGGUUGCCACUGGUCUUAGCUUUACUGUAAUACUCACAAGGCAAGGCCAUGUGUACACAUGUGGGAACAACACUCAUGGCCAACUUGGUCAUGGUGAUACUCUUGAUAGACCAAUUCCGAGAAAAGUUGAAUCAUUUGAAGGUUCUGGCAAUGUGGUUCAGGUUGCUGCAGGUGCCAGCUAUACGUUUGCUGUGACGAAGGAUGGGACAGUUCAUUCUUUUGGUUCCUGCACCAACUUCUGCCUUGGCCAUGGAGAUCAGCGUGAUGAACUUCUUCCGCGGGCUAUCCAAUCAUUUAAGAGGCGAAAUAUUCAUGUGGUCCGUGUGUCUGCUGGUGAUGAACAUGCAGUAGCACUUGAUUCCAUUGGACACGUAUACACAUGGGGUAGAGGCUAUUGUGGAGCUUUGGGCCAUGGUGAUGAGACUGACAAAACUAGCCCAGAGUUACUAACAAGUCUGAAAAGCCACCUUUCUGUUCAGGUUUGUGCAAGGAAGAGAAAAACAUUUGUUCUCACCGAUGAGGGAUCUGUUUUUGCCUUUGGCUGGAUGGGCUUUGGUAGCUUGGGCUUCUCUGACCGUGGGUGCUCAGAUAAAAUUAUGAAACCACGAAUCCUUGAAAAUUUGAGAUCCCACUACAUCUCUCAGAUUAGCACUGGUCUCUACCACACUGUUGCUGUAACUAACAAGGGUGUGGUGUUUGGGUUUGGGGAUAAUGAGAGGCAACAGCUUGGACACGAGUCAAUUAGAGGGGGCCUGAAGCCAACGGAGAUUAUGAUGAAUACGACAAUGGACGGGAUGGCUAUUGAGGCGCAAAGCAGCUGAGCUACGAGAAGAGGAUGCUUUCGAUUUCCCCGAGGUAUGUAUGUUGGAGUUUAAAUUUGUAGGAUUUUAUCUGUUUAGCUUAUAAAUUACGUGUAGUUAUUUGAAAAUCUGUUCAAUCAUACUUUAUACGGUGAGGUGGAAAAUAUUGUUGUAUCUGAAACGAAUAGCAUGGUUAUUUACGGAUAUCUUCUCAUAUUUGAAUAAAAAUGUAUUUUAUCAUA